AUGUCGGUCGGCGGGGGCAGCGGCGCAGGUAUCAAGAAUGUCGUGGCGCUCUCUGCAUUCUCGCGAGAUGCGAGUGGUGGCGGCGGCGACGGCGUUUCUUGUUUGCACGGGAAACAGAAGGGAGGGAAAAAUGAAAGCGAUGGAAUAACGGAAAACUGGACCGCGGGCACCGGGGAAAAUUGGCCGGUACCGGAAGGAUGGGAGGAAUAG